UUAAUAGCGUAAGCGCACUGGCCUCCACUACCAUCUCGACCAGGCAAAGACCGGGAUUCGUCGGCGUAUCUCGACAUCACCAGUGUGAAAGACCGAUCUAAGAUUGUGUUGUUGGAGGAUUCCACCGCUCAGUCAAACGUUUCCUUGCGAUGCACAGGAGUGCGAGGAUGGAAAAGGCCGCUAAGUCUAUCUCCCAUAUCAGUUUUGAAGUCGACAAGCUUGCCCAUCAAAUGCUUGUUGUAAUGUCUGUUUGAUUUUUCAGGUCUCAGCUUUAGACGCGGCUGUGAGUAAAGGAGUGAAGGUUGGGGAGAAUGACGUGCUGAAUUUGAUUGAGCUUUUGAUGGUUCAGCUUAUCAAGCUUGAUGGCAUCACCGCUGAUGGAGAAGCCAAGCAGCAGAGAGGAAUGCAGAGUUCAGAAGUAUGCUGAAAGACUUGAUGUUCUUAAGAUCAAUAGCAAUGCAGAGCAACAAAAGAAGCAGCAGCAGCAGCAGCAGCAAUUGCAAAUCCAGCAGCAGCAAACAGCAACCUUGGAUUUCUUAGACCGGCUGUUUUCACCGCCAACACCGACGGUGAGCACUGUCACAACGGUGUCUUCGGCCUCUUCUGCGCCAACUCCAAGAACGCCGGAGCUCAGAUCGAUGGCAACGGGCGGCUACCCAUGCAGACCUCAGGGGAUCAUCACCGGCGGUGGGGAUAUUCCGGUGAACGGAGUAUAUGGCUAUGCGUCCAUGGGAAACGUUUAUAAUGGCGUGGCGAUCGCAGGGAGCAGCGAGGGCGGGCGGCAAGGCUUGCAGCAUCUGCCCCAGCAGUUCACGGUGUGGACGCCAGACGAGCAUAGGAUCUUCAUGGAAGGUCUCCAAAAGUACUGCACAGAUCCAAUUGUUGAUAAAUAUGCCAAAAUUGCGGCAGCAUUGCCUCGAAAGACAAUUCGAGAUGUGGCCUUGAGGCUCAAAUGGUUGAUGGCUAGAAAAGAAAGGAGAAAGAGAAUUAGAGAUGGCUGCCAUAAUUCAAUAAUAAACAAUAAUAAAAAGGAAAGGAUCAUAUAUCCGUCAAAUUCUCAUGCAUUGCAAAUGCCACACAUGCCCGGCGAUGAUAAUGGUGAUAUCAGAAGAACGCUCUUUGACUUGAAUAAAGAUAUUUUCAAGAAAGUCAGUGAAAAUUCUCAGGCAAGCGAAAACAUCGAACUUCUCUACCAUGCAUUGAACAAUCUUUUCGAAAUUUUGAGGAUCAAUGUUAUCCCGGACAAAGAAAAUAAAAUGCCACCACUUCCUGUGAAUUUGAAUGCCCAGCUUGUGCAGUUCAUACUCCAGUGUUUAAAUAAACCUCACGGUGAAAAAUUACACAAGUGAUUGAAAGUGUGUGUAUGGGAAAAAAACAAAGAAAAGAAUGUGUAUGUGUUGGACCAUUAUGUAGAUAAACUUUUCUUAUUUUUUUUGGUAAAAUAUGUUUAUUUAGUUUGUUAUGAACAUGAAAAUAUGUGUUGGACUGUGUGCAGCUUGUCCACACGUCAGGUAUUGAUUAGUAUCAAAUUUAGUGA